GAGAUGAAGCAGAAGAAGAGGAAGAAGAAGCAGAAAGACAACAGAGCAGCAAUGGAAGACACAGUCAGUAGAGAAAAUGAAGCGCAGGGUGAAACUGGGGGAAAACUGGACCCUAUACCAGUUGAGCUCAUAAUAAAAGACCCGACACCUGGCCGACUGCGGCAACAUGGUUGGACUGGAAUGCUAGGUCUUCCACUCCACGGACUGGACUUCCUUGUUGACACUGAACUCGUCUUUCUUCUAGGCAACCCGGACGUAACAUCAGAGAUCUACCUGUACGGCUACAAGAAACACCAGCAACUUGUAUACCGAGAGAUCGAAUAUCCGUGGUGUAUGAUGCUUUGUCCUGGCAAUCGGCAGUUCGACAUGACGGGGAUACGUGAAGGACAGACAGUCAUGAAGUUCCGAAGGCCUUUUCGCUGGGAAAGUGGCUGCUGCGGGUGCUGCUGCUGCUGUUGCUUACAGGAGAUGAUUGUGGAAGCACCGGAAGGUCAAGUAGUUGGCUACGUACAGGAGGACUGCAGCGCCGUUGGCGCUGUCUUUAGUAUCUUGGAUGCAAAUGGAGUCCCCGUAUUCAAAGUGCAGGGCCUCUGUACCUGCUGCAUUUCCCCCUGCUGCCCAGAAGGAUCAUACUUCGUGAGGCCCGCAACGAUUUCCAUUACACCCGGUACUGAGUUUCCUAAAAAAAUAGCGUUCAGUGAUAAUACUAACCCACCAAUGCAGUACCAGAAGAUCUUUCGGGCAACAUUACCACCACUCUUGCUUCACCAUGUUCAAGGAUUAUGCUGGUUACCGUGUGACAUGUCUACCAUACAGGAUCUGCCCUCUUUUAGGGAUUCCACUACAGAGAUAUUUUCUACAAAAGAAGUGAUAAACCCAUUUUCGGACCCAUGCCCUCCCGUUUUCCCGUUAUUAUGUGCUAUGUCUUAUCAUGUGUUAUAUAUUAUGUGUUAAUUGUUGCUACUACCGUAUUAUUCAUUUUUGGAGCAUCAGACUGUGGCUCCUUUGCAAUGUUUAAUAAUUUUCCACCAGUGUGCACUUGCAUGUUACUGUCUGUGACCCUGCCCUGUAUGUUCAUUCUAUAUUAUUUGAGUGCCCAGUGCGCCUUUUUGUAACUGUUUGUAUGUUUGUUCCAUUUAUGUAUCAAGACCCUCCCCUCUUUUGUUCCCUUAUGGCCUAGAGGGUAUUGGAAAUA